GAUGCACUCUCACUGGCACUUCAGUGACCCCAGAAUCCUGUCCACCACCCCCAAACAGCUGUGCUUCCUACAGACCUGGGCACAUCAGUGAUCUGUGCACAGGAACCCUCCCGGGCUGAGAGCCAGGCCGGCCAGCUUGGCUUCCUGCCCUGCGUGCACGCCCUGCCCUGCAUUUCCACAUGGAACCUGAGCUGCAGUUAGAGCCCUUCACUUUCGUGUUCCCGGAAAGAGCCGCUGUGUGGGGAAGAGGAGAACACAGGUCUGCUUUAGCUGUCCUUGUCUUGUUCAUGAAUAGCUCCCCCUGCCUCCCCCCACCCCUCGUAGCCUCCAGCGCCCUCACACCCUUUCACAGCCAAACGGGGCCUUUCUCCUCCAUACACUCAGAACGGAGGGGACCAAUCAGGUGUGAAGCUCCCUUCCCCGCCAGUCAGAUUGGAGACAUCAUCUCUGUGUCAGGACUCAGUGGAUUUAUUUGAAAGGCAAAGUAGCAGAGGGGCAGAGGCAGAGGGAGAGAUCCUCCACCCACUGGGUCACCCCACCCCCCAAAUGGCCACACAGCCAGACCUCAGUUUAGGAUAACUUGGGGGCUGUGGGACACCACUACGGACACCUCUAAUCUGCCCUUUGAUGUCUAGAUCCCAUGCAGGUUUCUCUCUGAUGAGAAUCCCCAGUCUCUUGCCGUCACUGGGCCCCACUCAGCUGGAGCAAGGCAGCUCACGGUUUCAUGAGCCCUUCUCCCCUUCGUGUCAGCAGUCAACAGUUGCCACAGCAGAAGCAGCAUCCACCCAUCAGAGUGAUGCUCCUGCAAAGACUGCAGGGCAGAGGCCAGAGCUGCACAAGGCCACAUGGGAAGGCAGCACAUUGCUGAGCAGUGUGACAUAGGGACAACUGGUGCCCUACCUAUGGCCAGACCAUGACCAGGACUACUCAGGCACAGGGAGGGGGGCAUCUGUCUGGUGGAAGAGGAGUCUCUGGGCAGAGCUCUGAGGUCCUGGGCUCUCCUUCCCUUUGUGUCUGAGAGUCACCCUUAAAAUGAGGCUUGGUUUCACUGGGGAUGUGUGAAGGAGGAGGAGGAGGGACAAUGCAGAGGUGGGUACGUGAGAAUGCCUGAGGGCUUUCCUGAUUCACAGUCUAUGAUGACUGCCCAGUUCCAGAGGUUGGCCACUCAGGGACGCAGGAUGCAGUGUUCCUUGUGCAGCUCCAGCACCGGACCGGCCCGCCCAGGAGCACAAGGGCCACUCUCUGUGCAUCUAGCUCUCAGCAGGAGGAAGAGGAGGAAGAGGGGAUGACCAGAGACAAGGGUUGCUCCCCAUCCAGUGCGUGGCGGCUGUGCCUCCAUCCAGCUGCUCGGUCAUUGUCCCUUUUGCACUUUUCACCGAAGCCUGUUACUGAUGUUGCCUGUACAUCCAUGGCAAUACGCAAAUAUUUCUCCCACAGAGACGCCCAAGCACAGAUCCACAGAACUCCCUGCCAUUGAGCUCAGAAGCCUGUGGCACACAGCAGGGAGCACACUCGGGAAGGGGGCUCUAUGCUCUGGGUAGAUCCUGGCAUCACAGAGCUGCCUCUGCUGGGGUUUGCCAUUACCCAGCUUCUUAAGGAAGAGAUGGAAAGCAAGACUGAGAAACAGACAGACUCAGGGUGACACAGAGAUAGACAGAGAGAGGCUGUGCCCUGGCCAGCCACUUCUACUGAGCCCUGUGUCCUCCCAGCAGUCUUUGUGCUUUAGAGCUGUCUUCAAGCCCAAGGAGCCCAUUUGCCCAGGGUGACUUGCAGCCCGGAGCAUAGAGGCGGUGGUAUCUCGGCCAUGAUGAUCAGUGGAAUCAGUGGGACGAGGACUCCAUUUCCCUCUGGCUCUCCAUCCCCAGAGGGUUGCCUGCCAGAGACAUCUUCACCAAGCUCUGCUCUAUGGACACAAAUGACGUAGUUGGGAGACUGUCUCCAUGACCUCAUUCAACUGCAGAUGAGCCCCAGUGCCUCCUGGAGUUCCUGAGGAGCCCAGGUGACAGCACAGGGCCUUGGCACGAGUAGCUUCCAGGAGAAGAGCCUGGACCACAGCAGAGGACGACUCCUGAACCUUGAACUCCUGCGAGCCAGCGACUCGACACAGGACUUCCUGGUAAGUCAGCAGCAGCAUUCAGAGCUGAUUUCUGUCCUCAGAGAUGGCUCCGCCCCAAGAAGCUGAUGGGCAACAAAACAUUGUGGGAUGAGGAGAGAUCAUGGGCUGAGGGCCCUGGGCUGCUCAGUGGGAAGCCUGGGAGCCUGAUGGCAGGGAGGCAGGAUUGCUUCAUCGCAGUCUGGGUCAUCUUUCAAGGUAAGAUAGCUUAAAGCUAGUGCUUCGGACGUUACAUCCUUGUCAAAAUGCACCCAAUCAUUUGCCUUCCUCUAAUGCUUCCCCCUGGAAGAGUUAAAGGUAAGUGCAUCAGAGUGUGUGUUGAGGGACAUCAGUAGAUAAUGUAUGAGGUUGGCUCUGUCUCAAUCCUAUGCUGUUUGCAAGUCAUGGUGUCUUACCUCUUCCCCUCCCAGUCAGCCUUGUUCAUUCUGCACAUCCUGGGGGAAGCUGCCUUGGGGUGAAGGAUCACACUCUGCAUGUCAGUGGUGCUCUAACUGAACAGUCAUUUCUAGAUCUGGGGAUCUUUUGGUUGUAAUUUUUGUGUUACUGUAAAGCAGGAAUGCUGAUCAUCCUCUCCCAGAAUUGUGGAGAAAAUAAAGCAUGCUGAGAUCCUUUGAUUAAACAAUACUCUGCUUCAGACUUGGAUCUUGCUGUAGCAGUGAUAUCUCAAAUCUAGGACCAUGCUGUGCUGUCAGGUGCCUGCCAGAGACAUGACUGCAUCGCACGCUCGUGCCCAGAGGACCAGGUCUCCCAGUCUAGGCAUUAGUGAGAUUUCAGGCCUGACAAUCUGUUGGUGUUAGGGGAGAGGAGGAAGGGAGGUCCUAUGCUGUGCAUUACAGGAGAUUGAGCAGCACCCCUGGGCUCUGCCCAAGAGACACCAGUAGCAUCUCACCUCCCAGUUACAACAACCAGAAGUGUCUCCAGUGAUUGCCAACUAUCUGCAGGGGGACAAAAUUACCCUGAUUGAGAACCUGUGCUGGAGCCAUAUGCGUGUCCUCAGAGUGACUGUGUUCAGCCCUUGAUUCCGUGUCUGGGUGACCCGGUCCCUUUCCUUACAUGUGAGAUAACCCCAACGAUAUUUUGGGGCCUUCGUUCAGUGUCUCAAGACAUGGUUUAACAGUGAGCCUAGGCCACUGCACACCUUGUACUCCCCAUGGCAGUACCUUUUUUCUUUGUUGUGCACAUCUUUCGUGAGUGUCUGAUCACUGGGUUUUGGCCUAAUUCAGGAGUAAUGUACUUGAGAUUUCACUGGAGUUAUUGAUAAAACUACAGAUCCCACCAGCCAAAAAUCCAUUAAGGUGAUUCAUUAAAGCUGAAAGGGCUCUGUGUUUAAUCUAUCUGCUUUUGUCUCCUGUUUUGUUGUUUUUCCUGUAGCAAGCAUUCAGCUUUGGUUGUGGCCAGGAGGGUGGCAGCCCUCCCUGUGGCUUGCAGGGACCCAGUGUCUGCAGUCAGGUGGAACAGAACUCGGCAGCUCUGUACAUUGGCCCUUCAGAUAAUACAGGGGAGAGGGCUGCCUGUGUGGGGAGUCUCUAUCGCUGUGUUGGCAAUAGAUGACUCUGAGGAAAGCCCCCGGUUUCUACCAGGAUGUCCUUUGACCCUGGACAGAAUCCCAGCAUCUAGGCUGUGUAAAUGGAUUAAGGCUUCAAUGCCCCAUGGACCUGUUAGAGCCAGAAAACUGGCACAGCUGUUCACAAGAGCAUUUAAGUGGCUCCCCCGAUUUGCUCUUGCAUUUGUUCCCUAACUAGUGAAUUAUCACUUUCUUACAUGUGUUGGUGAUGGAGCAGUGAACAAGACAAAGACCAGUUCUGUCUCUCUGACACUCAAGGGUAUUGUGGGAGGCUGACAGCAAACACACAUAAAAAUAUCAUGAAGUGUGGUGCCAAGUCCAUAGGGAAAAGGAGGACAGAGAAGAGGAGGGUGAGUGCUGGGGAAGGGUACAACUGGACAUCUCAGAGAUGAAAUAAAAAUUUAAAGAAAGCUGGACAUAAUUUCAACAGAGAAGAUUGAUGGAAUAAAUAGUCACGUAGUUAUCAUGAAGAACAGUCAAGGAAUUGGAGCGGUAAGUAAGUGCAAAAGUCCUGAGGUAAGAGCGUGGCCCAGGAACAGGAGGGAGGCUGCAGUUCAGAAAGCAAGAGGGGCACACGCCCUCCCCUUGGCCCUGUUCUGCUAGUGAGAUGCCAGGUGCAGCUCUGGCCACCUCUGGAGGGAGGGAAUUGAACAGUCCAGCAAACUGGGAAGCAGGGAUGGUUGGAGCCCACCUCAGAAGACUGUCUAGUGCAGUGAGCUAUUGGCAUUUUUUCCUUCCUGCUUGUUCAUUUUAUCCUUUGGAGGCAUCCUCUCACUUUCACUGAUCAUCUCCUCAGCUGAUGGACAUGCUCAUGUCUGCCAUUCUGUGCUGCCAGAGCCAGUGCACUGAUUCCUAGUCUCCUGGGAAGCGAGAGAGCCUUUCCAGUGGAUCACUUUCCAACAGCCAGGACCAGGCUGGGCUGAGGUCUUUUAUUUGCUCACAGUCAUGGGUGCACUUUUCUCAGCCAAGCCUAGCAAAGAAUGCCAAGAUCUGGAAUCCAGCUUUAAAGAGUAUAUUAAGAACUUCAGGGAGGAAAACAAAAUCCUCUCUCAGGAAACCAUCCUUUCAAUCGAGUCAUGCCUGAGCAGAGGAGACAUUCAAGGCGCACAUUCCAUAAUCAGUGGUACAUUAGAAAAUAUUGACAAGAUCCCACUGAAUGUUGCUGUGACGGGGGAGUCGGGAUCCGGGAAGUCCAGUUUGGUGAAUUCCCUGAGAGGGGUGGGACACGAAGAAGAAGAUGCGGCUCGCACUGGGGUAGAGGAGACAACCAUAAUGAGAACACCAUACAAACACCCGAAAUUUCCCAACGUGACAAUAUGGGACUUGCCUGGCAUCGGAACCACUAAUUUCCAGCCGAAAGAUUAUCUGGAGAAAGUCAAGUUUGGUGAGUACGACUUCUUCAUUAUUUGUGCAACACGCUUCAAGAGAAAUCACCUAGACCUGGCCAAAGUUAUAAAAUCUAUGAAGAAGAACUUCUACUUUGUGAGAACCAAGGUGGACUUUGAUUUACAAAAUGAACAGGAAUUUAAACCAACUACCUACGUAAGAGACAAGGUCUUAGAAGUGAUUCGAAACAAAUCUCUGAAGGAAUUUAAGGAUAAUAAUAUUGAAACACAAAUCUUCUUAAUUUCUAACAAAAAUUUGUCUGAGUUUGAUUUCCCAAUCCUGAUGGAAACCCUACUAAAUGAUCUCCCUGCUCAGAAGCGCCACAUGUUCACGCUUUCCCUGCCCAACAUUACUGAGGCAGCCAUUGAUAGAAAGAGGGACUCACUAAAGCAAACUAUCUGGCUAGAAGCCUUCAAGGCUGGAUUUUUGGCAAUUGUUCCUACAGUGGGCAUCAUAAAGGACAAUGAUGUGAAGAAGCUGAAGGCCACCCUACGUCAAUAUCAAGUCCACUUUGGAGUGGAUGACACAUCUCUGCAGAGUCUGGCUAAGCAUUUGCAAGUGCCUGUGGAAGAACUCAAAGCUGUUAUUAAGUCUCCCUAUUUGUUUGACACUGUAAAGGAAGAAACAACAGGGGAAAUGGUUUGGAAAUUCUUGGAGAUUUCAAGUUCAGUUGCUUUCCCUCCUCUUGCUGCAGGCCUUUACUUUAGGAAAGUCUUCUACCUACAAUUACACAUCCUUGACACGGUGACCAAUGAUGCUAAAGUUCUGCUAAAAAAGGCAUAUUCCAAAAAGCGUUGACUUCUCAGUAGACUAAAAUCCUCUGAGUGUUGAAAUCCAAAUUUGUGGAGAAAAAUAGCACAGUGGAAGCCACCAAACAAUAUAAAGAGUUUCUUGAGAGCAUCCACCAUUGACUCAUACUUUCCGACUGCAUAUCCCUGUUAGAUGGACUAAGGGCCUGGGAUAAGUUCAAAUACGGGCAGAGCCAAAUACACGCAUCCACUUCCAAUAAACCAGCACAUCAGAUGAUUUUACCUUCAUCAGAAAUUUAAUGUAGCUGUCACCUUGACGACCUGACAGUAGCUCCUUGAAACCCAGUUGUACCCUAUCCUCUUCAACCUAGUGAAAACUUCCUUCCUUUGUGGUUGUUUGUGAUACAGCCUGACUUUCUUGCAUCUCCCAGACCCAGAUCUGAUACACGCGCUGAUGCUGACCGUGAUAAAGCCUGUUGGUCAACAGCUGAGUCAUAUGGGUGAGCUCCCUCUUCUCACUGUCUUCUAAAGCAGCUAACCUCCAGUCCCAUGGGAAGGCCUGCAGGAUGGCACUCGUGGCCCUUAACGGAGGCCUGGCCCCACAGCUUCACUCUUUUUCCUUUUUUCCUGCCCACUGUUUGAGCUCCAUAUCACGUCUGGACUUCCUGUUAACAUCCUUCCUAACCUCUCUGAAUCUUGUGAGAACUCAGUUUCUUCUGGUUCACGCACUGUAGUCUCACCUCUUCCUUUUGACUCAGCUGACACACACAGAAACCUAGUCAGGGCCAUCUUGGAACCGAUUGUCCUUCAUGGCCACUUUCAACAGAGGUCUCAACAGCCAAAUAGUAAGAACUUGUAUCACCAUGGAAAUCAUAAUAAAGUCAUAAGAAUGCUUUUGGAUCGGAAUCCUUGCCAAGAAAUUAAUUGAAGAAAACCUGUGAUUCUGUGCUGGGAACUGUGGAGACCUUAUGAAUUUAUAAAAUGUUGACAUUCUUGGUCUUUUGAAUGUCAAGAGUGGUCAGCAAUUGCUUUAGUCCACUUGUGAUCCCAGUAGGUGCUCAAUAUAUGAUUAGUGAAAAAAGGUAUUUGCCAUUGCUAUGUUGCUGUUCUCAAUAAAUUCAAGAGUACUUCAUAUUGAUUGCUGUCAGAGUUAUUUUUGUUAAUGAUAAUGUCCUUACCUAUUCUGUUUCAUCACUUUAUUUUCCUCAAAAUGAAAUACCAACCAACAACGAAAAAAAGUACCCAGGCUAGAAAAACUGCAAGAGAAUGAAUAUGAAGGGUGAAAUGAUUCCAUGGUAAGAGGCAGUUUGCUUCAGGCUAUUGCAAUACCAUGGACUACAUGAAUUAAACAACAUAAAUGUAUGUUCACGUUUCUAGAGACUGAAGUGGGCGACCUUUGUACCAGCAUGGUUGUUGGGUCCUUGGGGCAGGUAUUCUUCCCAGUCGUGUCCUCACAUGGCCUUCCUUGGUACAUAGGUUUCUGAGAUUCCUUUGUGUGCUCCAUUUGAGCAAGGGCAUCAGUUCCAUCAUUAGGGCCCCUUCCUCAUGACCUACCUUAACCCUAAUUAUGUUCCAAAAACCCUCCCUCUACUAUGAUCUCUUUAGGAGAUAGGUUAUUAACAUGCAAAUUUUGGAGAAACAAACAUACCAUGCAUAACAGGUGGGUUAUACAAAUUUUGCAUAGGAUUGAGUUCCUUUCUUAUUAGAAUCUGUGCCAGUUCUUAUCUGACCAACAUCAUACACUGUAAAACAUUUUAAGAAGUAACUCAGAUACAAGUUGAGUAUGCCUUUAUCCAAAAUGCUUGGAACCAAAAGGGUUUCACAUUUUUUAUUUUGGAAUAUUGUCGUAUACAUAAUGAGCCAACUUGGGGAUGAGACCCAAGCAUAAAUACAAAAUUGACAUAAGUUUCAUGUACAUAUUAAACACAUAGGCUAACCUAGAUAAGUACAGCAUUUUUACCUACGUUUUGACUGUGACCCAUCACGUGAGGUCAGAUGUGGCCCCUUGAGGGCCCCCUAAGCUGUGCUACAUCAUGGAGGGCACUACGAUGCAGAGGUAAGUGCAAGACAGAGAGAGAGAAUCAUAUCACCAGGCAGGGAUAGAUACACAGAGACUGCAAAGCUGGGAAUUUCCUAUUUAACAGUCCUCUCACAAGAAAACUCAGGGUUCCCAUGAGAAUUCCCUUACUCUCUUCUGAGAGCGCACCCCCAGUCACCUAAACAUCUUCAUUCUACAAGAUCAGACCUCAACAUUGUCACACUGAGGACCAAGCUCUCAGUACACAAACCUUUGGGAGACAAACUCAGCCCAUAACCAAACCAUAGCAAACAAACCAACAAACAAAAGUAGUAGAAAAGGGGGGAAAUCUAUGAAAUGAGAGAACAAAACUGUAACAGAAAAACAAGUUGAAAGUGAGAAGAGAAAACAAGAAUUGGCUUGGCAGUAGGGUGAGGCCUGUGGACUGUGGCAUUACGGUGAUGAGCUCAAGCCUGGAUACGCAGUGUAACACUACUUCCACAACGCCUUUGCUUUGCAGUCUCUUGACACUUGAAGGAAUAAUUGUUCGUUCUAUGUAAUAUUGUCGUAUCAAUGACUAUAGGAUA